AUGAUAGAUUAAUAAAACAAAGAGCCAUAUUUGAAGAGAAGCUAGAUGUAAUCUUAGCAAAACACAAUAUUAAUGUAGCACCAAUUAAAAAGAUUAAUAUAUACAUUUGUUCUUUCUAAUGCUGUAAAAUACUUGCUAUAAGUUUGA